UACAGAUGGCGCCACCAAAAUACAUAGUCGUUAAGUUUUUGGAUAAGAAAGAUGGAGAUAACUUCGCAUUCGUGCCCGAGUCGUGGGUGGAAGCAGAUCGGCCCACAGACAACACAAUAGUAAUUUAUUAUCCUACUGAAGAUAAAAUAGCAAUAGAAAAUCGCGUUAAAAACAACGAGCAACCGAGGGCCGAUUGGAACCAAUAUUUGUGCGAACUGCUACAUACGACCAAUCGCUACGGCGACGCGAAAAUAGACACAAUGAAAAAAAAUUUAGAGGCAAAGGAAAAGCCAGCAGCCAAAAACGAAGGUGUGAAGGGAGAGAAGCGAAGAUGCACACUUUCGUCAAACUCCGCUUCAAAGCAGUCAAAACUUCCUACCAUUAACAAUGCACACACCACCGUACAACCAAUCGAUGAACCUCAAUAUGCAACGAUAUUGAAUCCAUCACCACACGUCGUUGGACCUAUGGUGAACUUCUUCAUUCCCAUCGGAGAUUUCGUGUGUAACCUUCAAGUACCAACGCAACUGCUGGACUUAGCCAAUGAGUACACAAAACCUGGCAGUGCCUGUAACACUGCAAAGAAAGAAGGUCCAAAUAUUGCCUUAAAGCAGCAAACAAAAAUUGAUGAAUACGUAGGCAAAACGGUAAAAAUGAACGAAUCGAAUAUGAUGUCCAGUGAUCCAGAUCACGAAGGCACGAGGUGGACGCUGAGACAUCCGCGUCCAGGCCGGGGGCUCGUGGAGCUCUGUGAUAACAGUAAAGUGUACGUGAAUGGCGACCAGCUCCGAAGGUAUACGGCAGCAGCAGCAACAAGCAGGAACCUCGUUCGUACACUUCUCUCUCUCGUUUUCACCGACGAAGCUCUGUCUAUCUGUACUUUGACAAGAAAGAAGAGUCAAUUAGAUAUGGAAGCGGUCUACGCUAUGUUUAAGUAUGUGGGUAAUGUCGGAAGUCAGAGGAAGUGGGGUGACGUCGAUAUUCAAUAUUUGAACGAAUGCGUACGCCAGAAACUGCAGGAAAUAAGGCGGCGUACGACCACGAAAAGCUACACACAGGGAUAAUGGGAGUGCUUGCAGGGGAAGGACCCUCAUCAAUUGGUAACCCGAUAUUCUUAAGCCUGAAGUGCCAUGUAGUGGUCACCUGGCAGGGUUUCUCAAUUGAGAUACGCCUAAAGUCCCCCCUGGUGGGAGGGAAUGUGCCCAAGAGAUUCUAAAAAAGUUGCCAAGUGUAAAGCAACCAAAGUCCUAAGUCUGACUUGACUUGCUUGAUCGAUUAUUCCCGUACGUCGAAACUUAAAUGAAUUAACAAUGGGUUUUAUAUUUAAUCUGACAGUGAUAAAACUAAUAAUUGUUUGUGUGUUCUCAUGAGAGUGGCGAGGUUCUGCUAUUUGAUAUGUAACUAGUUAAUGGGUAUAUGAUAUAAUUACUUAAUGGGUUCGCAGUUAUCUGACAACUUUAACAGGGGUUCGUGAAGCCUAAAGCUUGAGGAACCCUCACCUACCGCAUUAGCAGUAGAAUAUAAUAUAUAAAUAAUAAUAUCAGCCCUGUAUUAUAUACUGUCCCACUGUUGGGCACGAGCCUCCUCUACUACUGAGAAGGAUUAGGCCUUAGU